AUGGCAGCACCCACUGUUGCUGCUCCCACUGUUAAGCCCACCCCACCACCCAAAACAAUGGCCAAACCCACAGUUGCUACUAGUUCCAAGCCCAACCCACCAUCAAAAAGAAUGGGCCAGUCCACUGCUGCUCCUACAAGCAAGCCCAACCCACCACCAAAAUCAACGGCCCAGCCCACUUUAAAACCUCUAACAAGAUUAGCAUCACAAAAAUCAAGGAGGUCUAAUAUACCAAAGAAAGGCCCUCAAAAAGUAAAAAAUGCAGCAUUACAUGCUAGGAGACCUUUAACAAGAUCAGCUGCAACUGAAACUUUUGGAAGAGCAACUGGUAAGGGAAAGGAUCCUGAAACUGUGUUUGUUAGCUUGUCUAGUGAGAAAGAAUCUUCAGAUAGCCAUGACAGUUAUGACAGUGUAGAGGACGAACCGUAUAGGCCUACUGGUGAUGAUGUCUCUAGUGAGGAAGAAGAAGUGGUUGUGAAGAGAUUAACUGGAAAGAAGAGUGAUGUUAAAAAGAGGACUACAACUGAUAAUGAAGAAGUUAAUGAAAAGAGUUCAGUUAUGCUUGAGGAUGACGGUCUUGUGUGUGCAGAUUCAGGGUCUGAAGAUGAUGAAUUCUUCUUUGGCCCGAUUCCUAAGGUUGGUGAAAUGGGAGCAUAUUAUGAUGCUCAAGAUGGAGCUUAUGAUGAAUCUGAUGGUGGAGAGUCUUGGCACUCUGAGCAAAUAAAGACUCCACCGAACUCUGAGGAUGAGUUAGAGGAGGUUGAGUCAGAUAAGUGA